AUGCACUUGACUGCCACCUACAGAUCCGCGAUACGUACAGCGCGGGAUGUGGUCUCAGACAUCGGGGAAGAGGCAGCGGCUGCUAGCGGAGGCCUUGUGGAGCUAGCUGCAAUUUCGGAGAAUAGAUCAGAGAGAGAUGGCUCACGGCUAAUGGGGCGCAAAGCUGGUUUGAGCUUGCAAGUUCCACUGUCGAUGCUCGGGGAAAAGGAUCUUGCCUUCCCCAUUCUGAAGCUUCGAGAUUGGGGACAGUUUACUUCGCAGUGCUUGCCGUCACAGGCGAUUGGCCCUGGCUUCAUCGAUGUGGCUCUCUUGCGAGGCGUACCCUGGGAAACUAUUCAUGAAAGGGACCCGCUUUGGCUGAAGACAGUUUUUUCCGAGUCUGGAUUCGCACAUGUGCCUGCUGUCGCUCGGCUGCUUGCUGUCCCAGGGCAGGAGGAGGCCAUCCUGGCAUAUGAUUUGUUCCAUGCUUUCCAUUUGGGCGUUGGAAAGCAUUUCCUUGGAAGCUGCCUAGCUCUCUGGAGCUCUCACUUUCCGGGAGGCAACGUGGACAAACGCUUCGAAGGCUUGGAAAGUAGCUUUUUUACGUGGUGCAAAGCAAACCGAGAAGUACCUGUACUCACACGACUCACAAAAGAAACUAUCCAAUGGCCGUCCACUUUCGAUUAUCCAGCCGGGAGCUGGUUCAAAGGCUCCGUCACGACCGUCCUCUUCAAGUUUUUGCAGGCAACCAUGUGCCAGCAAAAUUGGGCUCACGAGCCGAUGCUGGCAAAAGCUGCCGAAGCAGUUCAAAGCAUCAACAGGUUUUUCUCAGCUUUGUAUGCGUCUGAUUUAUACCUGGAGCCUGGGAGAGCCAUCGAAAUCGCGGAAGAUGGGCUGCGCUUUAUGCGCCGCUUGGCGUGGCUUGCCAAACAGGCCACCAAGGAUGAACGUGCUCUUUGGUAUGCCCAGAGGCGUGACCCGCUGAAGUGGACGACAGACCAUUUUGCACUCCUGUUCCAGGCAGCGGCCGAAGACCAAGUCCCAGUUCAUUGGGAGCAAGAGGGGUGUGAUGGGGUCCCGUUCCAAGUCGAGGAGCUGAGGGAGGUGGUCAACAAGGGCAGAAAUGGUCGAGCGGUGGGGCUUGACCUCACGUCCUACGAGCUGGUCAAGGAGCUCUGCAAAAACACGACCUCCGAAGGAUCCCUCCUUGCAUGGAUGGAGUCGAUCAGGAUGGGGGCCCCAGUCCCGGAAGAGUGGCUGACCACCAUCAUUACCCUUUUGCCCAAGAAGCCCAAGCCGGAGAGCCCGUCGGAUCUUCGCCCGAUUAGCUUAAGUUCGGCGGUGAGCAAAGUGUACGGAGGCUUGUUGCUGAACCGAACGAGGAGAGCCCUUCAGCCCCAAGGCCCUGAGCAGUGCGCCUUGGGAGGAAGGCAGACAUCUGACUAUUUGUUUGCAGUCAUGCGCACCUUCUCCCUAGAAACUGAGUGGCGCUUUGGCCUGAGCUGGUUAAAGCUCGAUAUCAGUAAAGCCUACGACUCCAUCCAUAGAUGGAAGAUCCUUGAGUACCUGCGGGGCAACCUUCCCCCGAGCAUGUGGAGGGAGUUCGAGUCGUGGAAACAGCUGCUGGAGCCAGGAAGGGCGCAGGUCCGAACGCCCUGGGGAUCGGCCUACAUUAGCCAGACCAAAGGCAUCAGACAAGGCUCAGUCGAGAGCCCCUUCAUCUUUGCUGUGGCAAUGGAAUGUGCUCUGCGCAGAGCCCAGAGCGCGGAGGGGUGGCCUCGAGUGCUAGGUGGGGCCCCUGACAUGGCUCUCUCCUCGUUGUUGUACAUGGACGACAGCAUUCUGUGGGACACGUCUAGGGAGUCCCUCGAGAGGAAGUUCACUAUCCUCAGCAAGGAGUUAAAGCAGUGGGGCCUAAAGGUCAAUCCGAAAAAGACGGUAUUCUAUAGUUCCCCACAUGCGCCUAGCCUGCCGCAGAUCAGGCUGGAUGGGGUCGUAGUACAGUCGUCGGAUGCCUUGGAGGUGAUGGGGGUUAGAUUCGCAGUGCCCUUCAAGCCGGCCGCGAUCAUGGACACGGGUAUGGCAAAGGCACGGAAGAAAUACUUUGCCAGCCGAGAGGUCCUGGAGUGUAGAGGGCCCCUCAAGAAGAGGCUCCAGGUGUUCAGAACGGCAGUAGGGGGUGCAGCUCUGUGGUAUGCAUCGGCAGCACCACCAAACUUCCAAGCUAUGGGGGCUUUGAACACCAUGCAGCUGGAGUUUGUGGCACGGAUGGCGGGGCACAAGCGGAGGCCCGAUGAGAGCUGGCUCGACUUCAGAAUGAGGAGCCUUCGAGCUGCCCGUCAGAUCUUAAGCAAUGCUGGCAUGGAGCGCUGGAGCACAACAUGGCUCCGGAGACACUGGCAGUACCGAGGGCACGUGGUUCGUGCUGCCAGUAGAGACCAGCCUCCAGCUAGCUCAGUGAUGGACGGGUAUCGCACUCUACCUUGGUGGAGAAGACAGCAGGCCAGUCGAGACGGAGUGCGGCAUCCUGCGGCCUUCUUCCCUCACCUCUCCAAUGAGGAAGUGCGACUCAACAGGGCAGCGGGGAGGGCAGAGUGGAGAGAGCUAGCAGCCGACCCGGUGGAGUGGAAGAAGAAGGAGGACCAGUGGGUCAGGCAGAACGACAUCGCAUGGUGCUCUGGGCGACAGCUCACUUUGACAGGGUGA